AUUUACUUCCUGGAAGCCCUCUAGGCAACACUUUCCUCUCCCGAGUGACUCCUUCUCAGAAGGCAGGAGAUCCCCCCCGGAAACCUUUCUCUCUCCGUCUCUCUCUCUCUAACUCAAAUCUCUCUUUCCCGAGUCCAAACUAAGAGACUCGCGCCCCAGGACUCAGCCAGCGGCGCGGGCGCCUUCCCCGCACGCCUCUGCCGCCUGGAGGAUGCAGGCGGGAGCGCCCCGAGCCGGGUUCACGGUCUCGCACUCCGGCCGCCGGCGCCCCGCAGUCCCGCCCUAGCAGGCUCCCUCCCGGGCCCCUCCCCGCUCCCUCCGCUCUCUCGCUGCCCAGUCACAUCUUCCUCUGCCUUCCAUCCCGAGGGACCAUGUCGAGGCUCAGCUGGGGAUACCGCGAGCACAACGGUCCUAUUCACUGGAAGGAAUUUUUCCCUAUUGCUGAUGGUGAUCAGCAAUCUCCUAUUGAGAUUAAAACCAAAGAAGUGAUAUAUGACUCUUCCCUCCGACCACUUAGUAUCAAGUAUGACCCAAGUUCAGCUAAAAUCAUCAGCAACAGCGGCCAUUCCUUCAAUGUUGACUUUGAUGACACAGAGAACAAAUCAGUUCUGCGUGGUGGUCCUCUCACUGGAAGCUACAGGUUACGGCAGUUUCACCUUCACUGGGGGUCCGCUGAUGACCACGGCUCCGAGCACAUAGUAGAUGGAGUGAGCUAUGCUGCAGAGCUCCAUGUUGUUCAUUGGAAUUCAGACAAAUACCCCAGCUUUGUUGAGGCAGCUCAUGAACCAGAUGGACUGGCUGUCUUGGGAGUGUUUUUACAGAUUGGUGAACCUAAUUCCCAACUGCAAAAGAUUACUGACAUUUUGGAUUCCAUUAAAGAAAAGGGUAAACAAACUCGAUUCACAAAUUUUGACCCAUUAUCUCUGCUUCCACCAUCCUGGGACUACUGGACUUAUCCUGGUUCUCUUACAGUUCCACCUCUUCUUGAGAGCGUCACAUGGAUUCUUUUAAAGCAACCUAUAAACAUCAGCUCUCAACAGCUGGCCAAAUUUCGCAGUCUCCUGUGCACAGCGGAGGGUGAAGCAGCAGCUUUUCUGGUGAGCAAUCACCGCCCACCACAGCCUCUGAAGGGCCGCAAAGUGAGAGCUUCUUUCCAUUAAAAAUUGUCACCAAUGAACUCCCCCAAACAUGGCUGUGGAGAGACAACGAAACAAAACAAAACACAAAAGUCUCUGCCAACAACUCCUUUGUAGAAUUCUAAUUUACAUAAACCAUUUUACUAUGAGCUUCAGUGUC